ACCUUCCUGCAACUGGGUCGCACUCGGAGCCGACAUUGACGCGUUCUCGCGAUUCGGCCCGAAGCGCCCACUCUCGCGACAUCAUGGUGGCCUACUGGCGACAGGCUGGACUCAGCUACAUCCGAUACUCCCAGAUCUGUGCAAAAGCAGUGAGAGAUGCACUGAAGACAGAAUUCAAAGCAAAUGCCGAGAAGACUGCUGGCAGCAACGUAAAAAUUGUGAAAGUGAAAAAGGAAUAAUCUACCCUGACUAAAGCUUGAAAUUCUCCAUUUUCAAGGUGAAGAUGUGUGGGCACAUGUUAUGGCAGAUUGAAAAUGAUCUCACUUCAUGGGGAAAAAAAAUACCUGUCUUGCUCGUAGAUUGACAAUGCCAAUAAAUUGAAGUAUGGUUCACUCUU